AUGAGUACGCUCAUAGGUGUAGUGCUGCGACAGGAGGAGCAGAUCAAGGAGCUCCAUGAGUUGUUGACGCGACAGGCUGCUGCGACUGCGCCGGUAGCAGCGCGCCGUGUGCCGACAGGAAUGGCAAUGGAUUCGGGGGCAGUGGCCCCUGAUUCUGUGGAAAUGGAGGCGGAGGAAGAGCGGGCUUUGGCGGCCCUUAUGACCUUCAAGAGGUUUGAUCCGCCUGUCUUCGAUGGAGAGAAUGUCGAUCCGUGGAUAGUGGAGAUGUGGAUUGACUCCAUGAAAACGCUCUUCGAGAAGCUGUACACCUUGGAGCGGGACAAGGUGCCCCUAGCUGUGCAUUGCUUGAAGCAGUCAGCAAAGGUAUGGUGGAAAAGCAUUCGGCGGAAUCGAUCGCCUAGUCUCUAUCCUAUGGCAUGGGAUGAGUUUCGGGGAUUGGUAUUUUCGGCUUAUUUCCCCGACACCGAAAGGAGAAAGCUUCAGGACAGGGAUAGGGCCGAUUGGUUCCUGCGUGGACUUCGACCGGAGAUUUACAAGAGGGUGCAAAUCCUUAAGCUCGCGACCUUUGCGGAGGUGUUCGAUCGAGCAUUGUCGGCAGAGUAUGGCGAGGCUUUUGUGCGUGAGGAGCGCGAAUCUCGUAGGCAUGAGCGAGGAGGGGCGAGGCCAUUAUCGAGUGGUUCGGGUGGUCAGUCAAGUUCCAGACACCACUCGAGGUCGUCCUCUACCCGAUCCUCCUCCGGAUGUGUGAUUUGUGGCGGUUCUCACCAGGCGCGGCGAUGUGCGCUGCGUGAUGGACGGUGUAUCCGUUGUGGGCAGCCAGGCUAUAUGCGAGAUGAGUGCCCGCAAGGCGAGAGUCAGGCCUUGAUGUUGGCGACGGCCUUCUCCUCUCUGGAACGGCUUGUAGAUGUGUAG